CGGAGCGACACACAGACAAACACGCGUGCGCGGAGCGGUUUCAUAUUCCCGAGCCAGAGUUCCUGCAUUACUGUAGUGCACUACACGGACAGCAGAAGCAGAGAGAAACGCAGUCAUGUCUGAAGCCCGCAAGAGGACCAGGAGACGAUUCGGCGGACACGCGCACAAGAAACAGAAGGGCGCGCGCGAGCUGGAGGUGGGCGCGCAGGGCGUGCUGAUCACCUGCAAUAUGAACGAGCGCAAGUGCACGAGCGAAGCCUUCAGCCUCCUCAGCGAGUACGCGGACGAGCUCUACGGGCCCGAGCAGGAGAGUCUCAGUGAGGAUGAGGAGCAGGAGGAUGAGGAUGCGGAGUGUGCACUACAGAGGGAAGUGUCUCAGCUGCAGUCGUCCAGUAAGGGGCGUCAGCAGCGCUUCAGUGCGGUGGACAGCGGCGCCAACAACGUGGUGUUCAUCCGCACUCAUGGCGUAGACCCCGCCCAGCUGGUGCAUCACAUCCUGUCUGACCUCCACCUGACCCGGAAGAGGAAGUCGCGUGUGAUCCUGCGCAUGCUGCCAGUGAGCGCCACCUGCCGAGCGUUCCCGGAGGACAUGCAGAAGCUGCUGAGUGUGUUCCUGCAGCGCUGGUUCCUUGCUCCGCGGCAUGCUACCUUCCAGAUCUGCUUCAAAGCCAGAAACAGCAGCCACAGCAAGAGGGAGGAAGUGAUCACGGCCGUCGCAGGUCUGGUUGGUCAGCUGAACCCGCUCAAUAAGGUGGAUCUGACCAAUCCUGAGCUCUCCAUCAUCAUCGAGAUCAUCAAGAGCGUCUGCUGCGUCAGCGUCGUCACCGACUACAUGCUCUUCCGCAAGUACAACCUGCAGGAGGUGGCCAAAGAGCCGGCCAAUCAGAACACAGGCUCACAGAAAACACCCAAUCAGAACACAGACCCACAGGAAACACCCAGUCAGAACACAGACCCGCAGGAAACACCCAAUCAGAACACAGACUCCAAAGAAGCAGCCAAUCAGAACACAGACCCACAGAAAACAGCCAAUGAGAGCAAAGGUUCACAAGAAUCAGCCAAUCAGACGCAGGAGCACGGGAAUGGAGAGCUGCAGAGUUCUGAUGUUACCGUUGGCAACGGGGCAGAGGAGGCGGAGCCUGAGUGAGCUGUGAUUGACAGAUGUGGUGUUUGUGACAGGAGUUGCCCUCAGGCUGAGCGGCGGUCAGCGGCUCCUCGUUCACUGCUGAGUCAGGGGAGCUCAGUACAGCUCAGUAGCGUCCUGUUUCCUGCUGUUUACUUCCUGUUACUGUGGUUUUGGUCUGCCAGUCAGACGUGUGUGUGUGUGGAGAUAAAAUAAAAACACAACUGGAGUCACCUCA